AUGAAGCGAUCGCGACACAGAUGGGUUGGACUCAGUUUAUUUUGUAUCUCCCUAACUCUCCUAGCAGUCGACUUGCCCACCACAUCAGCCGUAAAAGCCACUUCUCUGAUCUUCUCGAAGACAACCUCCACGACAGCAGCGCCAGAAGAAGCAGCCGAAGAUGGAGUCGAGCCUGAAACAACUGCUGAAGGUGGAGAAGCAACGAAUACGACGAGCAACUCCAAAUUAACAGGGAUACCUCAAAUAGACUAUAUAUACGAUCCCAACCUGCCCCGGGAAUUGAACGGGUAUAAUUUGUCCGACUACCCGUUCUACGAAACUGUACCGAAGCCGGAAACAAUUGAUUUCAAGUGCGAUGGCCUGCACGAUGGGUUCUACGCUUCUGUACCUCAUAAAUGCCAGGUGUACCAUCAUUGUCUGUUCGGAACCAGAUACGACUUCCUCUGUGCCAACUACACCGCCUUUGAUCAGAAGACUUUCAUCUGCCAUUUUGUCUCCGAAGUAGACUGCAAGAACUCUCCCAAUUACUUCAGCAGGAACGACGCCCUCUACCAAGCGGCCACCACUACCACAGCAGCCCCGCCGCCACCACCGCCCACCACCACGACGACCACCACCACGCCAAGACCACCCCGCCCCGGUCGCAGACGUCCAGCGUACCGAUACGAUUACGAAGACGAUGACUAUUAUUACGCCAGGGAUGACUACGAUUAUGAGGACAGGAGAAGACCUCGGCCCCGCAGACCAGGCAAGAAGAAGCGACCAGCAGUAGACGACUAUGAAGACGACAGAUACGACCGUCGUCCAAGACCAAGGGAUGAAGAUCCAGUAGACGAUUACGAUGACCGAAGGCCCUACGACAGACGCCCAGCGAAAAGACCAGCAUACUCCGAAAGAAGGCCAUAUGACGACGAAGAAGACCGCAGACCUGCUGCCAGAAGACCAAGACCGAGGCCCAGGGAUGAGGAAGAAGAAAGGUAUAGGCCUGAUGAUGAAGAGAGGCCCAGAAUGGGAGCGAGAGACUCUCCUAGGGAAGACAGGCCCAAAAGGCCAAGGCCAAGAGAUGAGUAUAGGCCUAGAGAUGAAGUCAGGCCCAGAGAUGAAGUCAGGCCCAGAGACGAGGUUGUAAGACCAAGAGAUGAAGCGAGAGCAGAUGAUGAUGUACGGCCAAGAGAUGAAAUUAGACCUCGCGAUGAGGUGAGACCAAGAGAAUCUAUAAGGCCAAGAGAUGAGAUUAGGCCCAGGGAUGAAAUCAGACCACGCGAUGAAAUUCGACCACGCGAUGAAAUUCGACCACGCGAUGAAAUCAGACCAAGAGAUGAGGUCAGACCAAGGGAUGAGAUCAGACCAAGGGAUGAGGUCAGACCUCGUGACGAAAUCAGACCACUAGAUGAAGUAAGACCUCGUGAUGAGGUUAGACCUCGCGAUGAAAUUAGACCUCGUGAUGAAAUUCGACCAAGAGACGAAGUAGCUCGUCCUGAAAGACGACCUUACAGAGAAGACGUAGAAAAGCCUAGGCCAUCGAGGCCAAGAGAAGACAGAUUCUCAGAAGGGAGAAGGUACAGAGGCGACAGCCCUUACAAAUCUCGAGAAGACAGGCCUUAUGGUAAAUCUGAUCUCAACCAAAGAGCGUAUGAUGAUAGAAGUCAAGAUGACAGAAGGGAUGCACCAUCAGCUCCUGAAGCUCCAGUUCCAGCUACUGCUCCAGCCCUAGUUAAACCAAAUGGCCAUGGUCUUUUCAGUCAGCCAAGAAUGCCACCAAAAAUCAAAAGACCAGUACCAAUAAAUGAAAGAGAAAAGUACGACUACGUUCCUGUUGCCACCACGAAACCUCCUCCUAAACUAGAAGACGAUGAAUACUAUGAUUACGAAGAAGAUGACACGAGUAGACCAUCAUCUUCUGGAAAGACCAGCACCAUACAACAGAGACCAAAGGUGGAACCAGUAGAAAAGGAAAGGUUUAAGCCAACCAGACCUCAUUAUUCGACAAAAGGUAGAAAGACCAAAAGACCGAUUGACUAUGAAGAAGAACUUUAUGACGAGCCGGUAAAAGCUCAGAAAUAUACAUACAAUCAAAGGCCUAAAGAAGAGAGAGUGAAGCCUAAACCAGCACCAGCAGAUGAUGAGUACUAUGAUUAUGAAGAUGACAAAAGAGAGAGAGAAAGAAUAAGACCAGGAGAAGACAUAACAAGUAAAAUAAAAGACUUGCGACCAAACGUAAAAGUAGUUAAGCGUCCUUUUUUACCCUCUAGGGGUGGAAGCCCGUACCUUCCGCGCGGAUUACAACCCGUCGCCGGAAGGGAUGUCACAGCACCACUAAAUACCACCCCGAAACCUACCACCACUUCUCCUAAGCCCACGACCACGCCUACGCCCUCUACCACUUCUCCUACCACCACUUCUACCGCACCUAGCACAACUAUCACCACAACCACAACCACAGAAAAACCAACUACAACAGUUACAACAGAGACACCAACGACAACUGUCACCACAGAAAGAACCACCACAGAAGAAUAUGAAGAAUAUUAUGAUGAAGAAGAGGAAGACUAUGACAAGAAUAAAGAAACAACAACAGUUGUUAUAACAACUCCGAAAACAAUUAAAACCACCACUGCAACUGCUCCAACUCCAGACCCAAUCAACGCUGAACAGAAAGCCAAAAACCUCGCUUCAAAAGUUCUAAAAGUAUACAACGAUAACUAUGAAGCCAUCAGAGGUAAAUUAGAAUCUACACUAGCACCCGGAGAUUAUAUAAAACCCUACCUAGCAACAGCUACACCCCCAGAAAACCCUUUUAAACCUAUAGAAACUUACAAAAAAGAGGUCAAACCGAAACCUAUUAUAUCUAAACCUUACACCGCGACAGGAAAACCGUUGCUACCAGAAAAUAUAUCUAUAAAACAGAAUCUAGCUGACAGUAUAGAAAACGACUAUGAUGUUAGACUUAAUGAAGCAUUAACACCGACUUUGCCAGUUAACAGAAUACCUUCUGGCUUCGUCAUACCGUCAGAUAGAGACUACACCUUCUCUAGAUUCAGGAAUAACAUACAGCCAAUAGAUCCCCAGUUUGCUGCGUCAGAUGUCAGCAGUUUCCAAGUACGGAAAAGACCGGUGUCUGGCGUCAGUAUCAGGACACCAUCUUCUUAUUAUCUGCAGCCUCAAAGACUGGUCUACCAGGAAGACCCAGCUCACAGGUAUCCUAGGCAGUUGUAUUAUAGGCCUGUAGAUUUUUAUUAG